CCGAGGAGCGCGGUUGCCGUGGAAACCGAGGUCAUGGCGGCGCCCCAGUAUGUGGGUAGCCGCACCGGCCAGAGUGAGGAGCGGGCGGGCUCUAUAGAGUCGUUCGUCGUAAGCAGGAGGACGUUGCCCACAAUGUCCCACGUGUCCUUCGAGCGGCCCAUCUCGCCGGGGCAGGUUGCGGAGCCGCCGGGCAAGAGCCUUUGGGAGCGGAUCUGCGAGGAGUACGAAGCUGAGAUGCCUGCCUUCCCGGAGGUAUACAAAGCCAAACCGGAAGCCGUGAUUCCUGUGAGUAUCGCCCCGCCUGCCCGAAGCGAACGGCUCGGGAAUGAGAACAGCACUGAUAGCUGGUGGAAUGUAGUUGCCCUUUGGGGGUUUUGGCGGGAUUUUUUUUUUUUUUUUUGGUCUGUUUUAGGUUCUCCCAAAGAAUAUUUGGAAACAUUCAUCUUUCCAAUUCUGCUUCCCGGAAUGGCUAGUCUGCUUCACCAGGCAAAGAAAGAAAAAUGUUUUGAGAGGAAAAGAACCAAAUUCAUUGCCUGUGAUUUUCUGACGGAGUGGUUAUACAAUCAAAAUCCAAAGAGGGUAGGGGAGCCAUUCACGGAAUUCUUCUCCAUUCCAUUUGUGGAGCAGUGGCUGAAGCAACACCCACGGCCACCAAUCCCACUCUCCCUCCUGCUGACAGAAGAAGAAGCAGCGCUCUAUAUUCAGUCCUUCUGGAGAGCCUAUCUGGUCCGCUGCGAUCCCGAGAUUCAGGAAUUGCGCCAGUGGCAAAAGAAGCUGCGUGAGAACAAGCACAUUCGCGAGCGAGUCAAAGUUUUCUGGGCCAAACGAGAGCAGAAAGUGAAAUGCAGAAUGGAAGACGAGGAGGCCGCGGCUGUGGCUAAGGCUCCCGCACUCUAACCACUGUCGGUGCCUUUCCGAGAUUCAGGACAGAUGUCCAAAUGACGCUUCCUCUGCUGCUUUUUUAUCGAAGACUAGGUUUGCUACAUCUGAACCCAGAAGCUUCUCCACAUAAGAAGAUCAGAUUUGUUGCAAACAUGCUUUAGGAUACCCAGAUUCGGGGCUUCGGCCACCGCUUUCGCCAGCACCUCAGGAGCAUUCUUCUCGCCAACCGCCAUUGAAAAAAUGGACAAGAGAGGUUAACACGUCCCGGCUACCAGUUUCCCACUUUGGGCCACCUUUGCGAAGAGCCAUAUUGAAAUUUCCGUCCCCCAAACUCUGCAGUGAGUUUGAAGCUUAUCUGGUGAGUGCUCUCUCUCCAUUAGGACCUUACUGCCUGAGAUCACUUCCGAAGGAGGCUGGCCCUUAUCUUUCCCAGCUCACCCGGCCAGAUGAGACAUUUACACCCAGACGACAACAGAGGAGUUCUGUUGUCUAGGCCCCAAAGUAUCAUAGCAAGUUCUUCGUUUUCUGGGUAGGCUGGCCGACUACCCUCCUUGUUCUGGGGGUUGCCAUUAAGCAAGAUUCUCCCAUUCAAAGAGCCACAAGCUUAACCUCCAGGCGGAUCCGCAAGCCUGGCGUUCCUAUUGGUUGGACGAGCUACCACGAGUCUUCAGUCAAUAGUAAAGCCUUUAUUUUUGUGUUAUGAACAGCAUUUUGAAAAUAAAACCUAUCUGCCCAUGCUUUACAACCUUUUCAAUAUGUAAUAUUUAUACACAGUCAUUUCUGGUACACAAUGAUUGUCUCGAAAUUUCUUGUAACGUUAUUUUUUUUUCUUCUAAGUAUGCAACAGUCAGCCAGGGGAAGAUAAAGGUACAUUAUAAAACACACAUUAAUACAUUUAAUAAAUAUAUAUCAUCUAUCAAAAA